UCUAGGUCUAAAGUGAUUUUCAGUGUGACCUGGUGCGUGAUUUAUUUUUGAAGUUACAAUAUACAGGGUGUACUUAAUAGUGUGUUGUUCUAAACAAAUGCUGUGUCAAUAAACUAAAACAAAACUAUAAAAAUGUCGGACCACGAAAUUUCGGAAGACGAACAAGAGAUAAACGUUUUGGACACCGAUUCCCGGCUGUCACAUAUCAGUGGUGAUAGUGAUUGUGAACAACGGUCAAAUUGUUCCACACCAAAUACCGAUGAUCGUUCCUCAUAUAAUGGUGGCAGCGGUGCGGAUCAUCGAACCACUGUACCAAACGUACAAAAUGUAUUACCAUUUAGUAUUUCAAAUUUAUUGGGGAAAAAUUUCGAACAAAAGGUGGUGGCCUCCGAUCAGUCAUCAGAUCAAUCAUCGUCAGAUAAUCAACAAAUAUGUGGACAAUUAAAUAAUAAUAAUAGUGCAUUAAGUAGUAUAUAUCAGCCAUUUUUUAAUCAACGAGUAGCCGCAGCCGCGGGUGUUUUACCCGGUUAUGUGUAUACAAGUCAAGGUGGUGUAUUACGUGUACCCGCGCAUAGACCUUUAGGUGGUGCAGGUGGAGGUGCGAAUAAUGGAGGGCCAGGUAGCCCACCAAAUGCAGCCGUAUUUAAUCCAUGGGCAUUGGGCUUAGAUCCAGUUAAUUUACAAAGAUCCGCAGCCGCAGCUGCAUUUGCGUCACAAGUUGUUAAGGAUCGUUUAUCUGCAACAUUUCCAAUGGCACGACGAAUUGGACAUCCAUAUCAAAAUCGAACACCACCAAAACGAAAGAAGCCACGUACAUCAUUUACACGUUUACAAAUUGCUGAAUUAGAAAAACGAUUUCACAAACAAAAAUAUUUAGCAUCAGCUGAACGUGCAGCUUUAGCGAAAUCAUUAAAAAUGACUGAUGCACAAGUAAAAACAUGGUUUCAAAAUCGACGAACAAAAUGGAGACGACAAACAGCCGAAGAACGAGAAGCUGAAAGACAAGCCGCCAAUCGUUUAAUGCUCUCUUUACAAGCGGAAGCAUUAAGUAAAGGAUACAUACCAGAUGCACAAGCACCACCAAAUGCACCAGCAGAUACAGCAUUAAGUGCAUUACAAAAUUUACAACCAUGGGCUGGACCAUAUUCAACUGCACCACAACCCACGCUAACAGAUCCAAUUUGUUGAAAUAAUUAAAGUUCUUUUUUGGAUUUUCGUGUGUAAAUAGUUUUUGUUAGCUUACGAUAUGAUUGAUGCGCGUUGUUUAUGUGUUUCGAUUGUGGAUAUAAA